UAAUUUGAUAAUCGCACAAUCAAGGCAGUGAGCAACAAGCCUGGCUGGCAAUCAGACGUACUAUUUUCGCGAGUAAUUUCCACAGAUUCCAACGAAAAAUCCUGUGCCACCAAGAUGCAGCCCCUGACGGAAUAUCACUUUGAAGAAACCCGCAAGAUGCACGGAGUGAAGCGGGUGCUAAUCUUUUGCCUGAUGAUUGUGAUACUGCCGGCCGUUCUGAUCAUUAUGCCAUUGCAUUUGCGGAAAACUGUAUUCGCGGACGUUAUCUAUCCCAUGGCAGAGUCGGACAUUAUUGAGAUUCGUGCUGGAAUAUCGUCAAUCUUUUGCUCAAAGCACACUCUGCGAAUGAACUCCAACUUUAAUGCCUUUCAGCUGCGUAAUAAGCCCGAGAUUUCCACAAAUCGCAAGCACAUCAGGCUGAAGAAGUCAAUGACCCUGCAUGAUACCCUGGAGUACUGGGGUUUCUUCCUGCUAAAAGGAGCCAAUGUUCGAGUCAAGUUCUGUUCCCGCUACGAUGGCUCACGCAUCCUUAUCGUGAAGGGUCAGCGACAGCUUAACCUGUGCGGUCUCACCGAUCACAAUAAGAACAAAAUGGGUGCCAAAAUACCCAAUGUUCAUGAAGAGGUCAAGGUGUUCUUCGAGGAUAAUGUGGAGAUCACCGAGGAGAAGAGCAAUCAGGAUGUUUUAAUGGAACAUGAGAAUCAUGGAGGCGAGGAUUUGAGCGAGGAUCAUGCGCAACUUUCUGUGAAUAUAUCUUCAAAGCCAAUUAGUACAGGAACAACGCCCAAACUGAUAAGGAAAAAACUGAAAAAGGGCACCAUUCAUCAUAACGAUCACGAUGUGCACUUGGGAAUGGAAAACACUGGAGCACAGAUCGUUGAGCAUGGUCAUCAUCAUCAUAUUCACAAUUCUGAGGCGGCAACACAUCAGCAUCACUCAGAAGAUGGAGCUACGGAUGAGCAGCCGCACGAGGAACCCCAUCGAGAUCGCCCAAGGAGACACAUGGCAGGAACCCAAGCUCAUCAGAGGAGGCAAGAGCUCUACGAGAAACUCUACCAGAGAACCAAGCGGGAGAAUGUCUACGAUAGGAAGUAUGUUCAUGGCGGUAAUGCCAUUAACUUUACGGAAACGGAUGAAUCCAAUUCGGUGUCCAGCUUUGAGACGGGAUUACUCGAUUGCUUCAGUGGAAUGAUCCUGCUAAAGGAGUUCUUUCGGCCGAGCAACGAGUGCUCCAAUCCCCAUGUUAUGGAUACUUUUAGCAAUCGGAGCUCCCUGGCCGUGCACAAUGUCACGGAUGAUGCGUAUUACUAUUACAUUUUCUACAGCGACAAUGAUCAUGUGCGGAAUGAGAUCCAUGCCAUAUUUGAUAUAUAUAAACCGACGUAUCAGUACUCUAAUUUGAGCGAGUCCCAGAGCUGUCUGAAUACCACAAAUUGCACUUUUAACAUUAGUUUCCUAUCGGAUGAGAUCGUGGUGGUUGAGGUUCCCACGCGAGAUGGCAUCGAGCAUGAGGAGGAUGAUAUAACCAAUUUAAUAUCCACCUGCCAUCCGCGUAGUGAGAUCUAUGCCCUUUUCCCCAUCACUGUGCUCGUCCUGAUCCUGUGCUGCUCCUUCCUGUAGUCCUCUUGAAUCCCCCAUCCGUUGCAACGGAGCCUUGUGAUAUUUAUAGUGAGGUAACUGGGUGAUAUAGACGCAAACAAAACGAGAGAGCUUUUCAAGUAGCCAUAGGAUUCAAUAUCGAUUAUACACACGCGAAAUGAAUAGUCUGAACAAAUCAUAUUUAGAAAUUCACAGAAUAUAAUCAAUAAUCUGUAGCCUAAGACGCAAGCAUUUAAAUGUCAACAAAUACUAAAUGUUUAUUUAAGAAGCAUAGAAAAACAUAUAAUUUGUAUAUCCUGUACAAAUACUAAUAUAAUAAGUUACAUUUAAGUGGGAACUUUAGUACUUAUCGACAAACGAGACUCAAAUGAUUUCUGUUUUGACCUCAAUGAGUUAAGGAUAAGAAAACUAUGUAAAUUUAUUGAUAUUAAUAGUUAAGCACAUUUGUUCUGUUAUUAUUAAGCUAAUUUUCCAGCUAAACCUUAAAUUUCGCAUUUCUUUGUACAUAAAUUUCAAAGGCAAUCCGACAAAAGGAAAAGGGAAAAGCCAUAAUUUAGUUUUCUGUGUUAUAUCCAAAGCAGAUAUUUUCCCUUAGGCACAAUUAUAGAGCAACAUAUCUUCAGUGGUCUCUAAUUUCAGAGCAGAAAACAAUUUUGUUGAUUUUUUUUAUUUUAUAUUAAUUCACACACAAGUCAGCCAGUCAAAUUCUUAUUUGCUGGGCGCUUGCUUGUGACUCGUUAUUUUAUUUUCUGAUUUUCUGACACGGGAAUAAUGCUAAUAUUUACACAAAAUGUCUGCCUGCAGUUGGCAUAAUAAAUGAAUGGAAAAUAACAUUGUCAUCAGAAAUGAAUUAAUAAACUUUAUAGUCUGUCGGA